CUCGCACUAAUUGCAACCUUACAGAUACAGCAGACUUUAGCGGCAGGAACAGCAAAAUCAAGGAGCUUAAUGUCCAUGUGCCAGGGCAUGGAUCAUCAACUGACGCUGAUCAGGCGCACUCAGGAGCAGCAACAGCGCAUGAUGUUAAAUGUGGAAUUUAAACUAAAUCAGGCGCUCAGCAAGUUGAUUUCUUUCACUCAUAUAAGGCGACUUGAGUUCAUGGAGCAGGUUUCUGGAAAUUUGAGUAAAGCACUGGAACGCUGGGAAGCCAAGGGCAAUGCAAUAUGGCAAAGUGCAAACAGACUACAGCUGAAAUUCCAGUGGAACGAUGAACAGGCCAGAAGCCUGGAAGAAGUGCACUCGAUGCUAGCGUUGCUGGUCGCAAGCAAUCAAAGUACUCGGGAAAGUAAUAAGCACCAGGAAGAUGACGCAUUGGGAAUGUCAAAGGAGCAGCUCUCAGAGGUUGAAGAAACAAAUGAAAGCAAGUUUAAUGAACAAUCGAAAGUUGAGUACGUGCAGCCCGCAAAGGCGGACUGCUAUGAACUGGAUGAGCUGCAGCGUGUGGAUGGUGUUUACAAAUUCCUGGAGCCGGAACUAAAUGAAAGGCAUCGCGAUUUCAACGAACGGCUUUGUGCUUUUGCCACAGACGGUGCCGCCUGGACGGUAAUACAGCAACGCCAUGAGGGCAACAAUCUGCAGGCGGAGAACUUUAAUCGCAGCUGGGAUGAGUAUCGAGUCGGUUUUGGCAGCUUGAAAGGGGACUUUUGGUUUGGCAACGAGUUUAUACACCGUAUAGCUUAUCGCGACGAUUAUGUGCUGCGUAUCGAACUGGAGGAUCAGCAUGGUUUGUCCGUGUGGGCCGAAUACGAACUGUUCCGGCUGGACAGCGAAAGUUUCAACUAUCAAUUGGUGAUUGGUAAACUGAAUGGCAAUAGCAGCACGUCCGAUGCCCUCAGCUACCACAAUCGCAUGGAUUUCAGGGCCUACGACCGCAAUGAAGAGUGCGCUGGCUGGUGGUUUGAUCGUUGCCAGGAAGCUCAAUCCAAUUUAAAUGGACAGCGUAUUGUAUGGGGCAACUGGCACAACGAAUAUUUGGUGAAAGCUUCCCGUAUGUUAAUACGGCCGCGAAACUUGAAUUCGGUAGGUACCCACGAUAUUUAUGACGAGGACUCCACAUAUAAUUUUUAGUUU